AUGAUUCCUGUUGCGCCGGAGGCCGUGGACCUGCCCAAGCCCUUUGGCCUUGGCCUUGCAGCCUCGGAGUCCACCGAAGCGGAGAGCGAUAACGAGGAGAACACGAGCCAGAGCCAGUUCUUGGUAAUCCCAGGCGCGAACUCGGUGUCCAACAUGUCCAGCACCUCGCAGCUGCAGCAGGCCUUGGCGCAGCAGCUCCAGACGCUGAAUCAGUUGGUCCAGAGUUGCAAUGACAUCUUCAGGGAGGAUGGCAUUGGCAUGCGGAUGCCAACCUGCGGUCUCAGUUUUUCACCCGCCGCUUGUACCUCACCUCCCAUCCUAGGCACACGCCCCGCCGGCCCCUCGGGAGGCAUGCACCUCCCAGACAAAGCGCUGCCUGAAGUGCACAUGGUGCCACCCGUACCGCAGCAUUGGGGGUACCAGCAGGCAGUACCCAAGCAGAAGUCGCAAAGGCAGAGCAAACAGGUACCUGCCCAUGCGCCUGUGGCCGGGCCGCGCACAGCCAAAGUGGCCGGGAAAAACAAGAUGGCUAAGGUCAAGGAGGUCACGGAAGUAAUGGAAGUGAAGGAGGAGAGCCUUGUGGCCCAGAACACGGCGACCGGAAAAGGUGGUCGUCACUGGAAGGAAAAGGUGCCCAAGACUGAUUCAAAGACUUCAGAGGCCUGUGGGAGAUGGAGGAUGACAGAGGCAUUGGGCGCAGAAAUUCACGAAGAUGGGCUAAACUGCCUAAACUGA